AUGUUCCCCCACCACACCUCUGUUUUCUUUUACCAUCCUCAUCACCAACAGACACAACCAACUUGCUCACUUCCAACUCUCAAAAUGAAGCUCACCACCCUCCUCACCACCGCCCCCUUGGCCCUCCUCACCACCCUCACCACCGCGGCUCCUGCUCCUGCUCCCGCCCCGGCCGCCAUCGAAGCCCGCCACUCCACCUCUGCCCGCUUCUCCAAGUUCACAGCAACCUGCACCUCCACCUCCUGCUCCUACGCCGCCACCCUGACCCUCCUCCCCGAAAACAUCACCGUCAACUUCUCGCACACCACCUCGGGCAGCACCAUCCCCGCCAACUCUGGCCACUGGACCUCGAGCAGCGACCCUCUCGUGUUCCUCCGGUGGAACAAGACCCCGUUCAACGAGUACCGGAUCGUGGUGUCGGAUGUUCACGUCGUCGGGACUUCGGUGAUCUUGGACUUUUUCAGCCCCGCGGCCGACUGGGUUGCUCAGCCCAACCCUACUUCUUAUGUUGGCAGUCAGACUUUUGAGGCUGUGUAG